AUGGCCGAGCAGCGGCCGGGAGCCUGGUUCGGCUUCGGUUUCUGCGGCUUCGGACAGGCGCUGGGCCGCGGGCGCGGGCCGCAAGUGUCCAGCCCGGAGCCGCUGCCCGGGGGCACCGCCGUCCGCUGCGUGAGCGCCGCCUGGAGCUACACGGCCGUCGUGACCCGUGCAGGCCGCGUGGAGCUGUCGGGCUCGGCGAGCGGCGCGGCCGACGGCUGCAGGGCCGUGUGGGCCUCCGAGGGGCUCCUCGUGGUGAUGGGCGGCGGGCCGGGCCCCGAAGAAGCCGAGCUGCUGCGGGCCUGGGCGCCCGAGUCGGCGCUGCGCGGGGAGCCCCUCUGGGCCCAGAAGGUGCUGCGGGAGAGCGAGGCCCAGGCCGGGCCGCUGCCCCUGCUGCCCGGUGCCCGCGCCUACGUGAGCCCGCGGCCGCCGCUCUGCCGGGCCCUGGCCGCCGGGCUGCGGGCGCGCAGGCUGGAGCUGGGCGCCGAGCACGCGCUGCUGCUGGACGCCCAGGGCCAAGUGUUCUCCUGGGGCGGGGGCAGACACGGGCAGCUGGGCCACGGCGGGCUGGAGGCUGAAGCUGAGCCCAGGCCAGUGGAGGCGUUGCAGGGCCUGAGAAUGGCCGAGGUUGCGGCCGGGGGCUGGCACUCGGUGUGUGUGAGUGAGGCUGGGGAUGUUUAUGUCUGGGGAUGGAAUGAAUCAGGACAGCUGGCUCUGCCUACCAGGAGCUUGGCGGGAGACUCAGGGCAAGGUGAGGCUGCCUCGGCUUCCACUGGGUGGGGGCUGCAGGAAGAUGGCUCGGAAGAGGAGAGAGCAGUGGAGGAUGAAGAUGCGGUUCCUGCUGCCUUCAUAGCUGUGCAGCCCUUCCCAGCCUUGUUGGAUCUCCCCCUGGGCGCAGAGGUGGCCAAGGCCAGCUGUGGGUCCCGACACACAGCCGUGGUGACACGAACAGGCGAGCUCUACACCUGGGGCUGGGGCAAAUACGGACAGCUUGGCCACAAGGAUACUGCCAGCAUGGAUCGGCCCUGCCGGGUGGAGUAUUUCAUGAAUAAACAACUCCGAGUGACGACUGUCACCUGUGGGCCCUGGAACACCUACGUGUAUGCUGUGGAGGAAGAAGAGAGCUGAUAAGCCUGUGUGAGCAUGUAUUUCUUCAAUUAUGUGGAAAAUGCAUAGAACCAAUGUAUACACAUGCAGAAGUUAGACAUCUGGAAGGCUCCCACUUGGGUCCAGGUGAAUCCUUGCCAGCCCUGCUCUGGCCCGUUCCCGUCAGCUUCCUUAGAGGAAGCCCCUUCCUUUGUACCUAAGAGACACCUGGGGAGUGUUUGAACACCUGGGACCAGCACCCCAGAUGCUGACCUGAGUCACUUGACAUGGGGCCUGGCUGCUGUGGGAUUUCAGAGCUCCCCCAAGUCUCCCCCAGAUCAUGGUGGGAAGCCAUCUCUAGGUCAUCUCUGUCUAUCAUUGUUCACUCCCCCGGUGUUUUGUAGAAUCUCAGCACCGUGGUGUCCUUAUCCAGUGCAGCUCUGUUUGUGUUUUACUGGUCAGUCGGUAGCUGGAAUCCUGUGUGUGUUCGUUUAUGUCCCAUUUUCCCACCCUUAGCCUACUGUGGCAUGGUGCCAGUCCCAUGAUUUUAUGCUGUAUAGGAUUCCACUAUGUGAACAUGGAGGAGAUCCUUUUCUCUGGUGUUUGGUUGUGACUACUGUGCUAAGCAGUGUGGGCACAGGUGCUUGUGACCUUCUGCAGAAUAUUCAGGGUAAAACUUGGAGGUCAAAUAAUAUUUUUCACUUUGCCAGGUAGUUGUGUAUGCUCGCAAGUUGUGUGGAGUUUACUGUGACUCAAGUAUCAUGUGGAUGUUCAGUGAUCUGAUUUACUUACUUAA